AUGCCUAUAAUGUCCAGCGGCGAGUCGAUUAAGGCGCAAGUCGUCGACAAGAUUCCAAAACGAUUCAAGGAACUAAAAUUUGGUAUUCAGUCAAAUCAAGAUAUUGUCAACCAGGGUGUUAUAGAAGUUUCGAAUCGUAUGCUGUAUAAUGUUGAGAAUGGUCGAACUGCUGUUCCACAUGGUCCUCUUGAUCCAAGAUUGGGUACUUCCAGCAAAUCUGGACGCUGCGAAACUUGUGAUAAAGGUCUGCAAGAUUGCAAUGGUCAUUUUGGUCAUGUUAGAUUACCGCUUCCAGCUUUCCAUAUUGGGUACUUGAAAUUGGUUAUAAUGAUUCUACAAAACGUUUGCAAGACAUGCGCUAGAGUUCUACUCACCGAUGCCGAGCGACGACAAUUCUUGAAGGAGUUACGAAAGCCAGGUAUUGAUAAUUUGAAGCGCACGCAAAUCUGUAAGAAGAUUAACGAGCAAUGCCGGAAGGCGAGUCAGUGUCCUUACUGCGAUGCUACCAAUGGACAAAUCAGGAAAGUCAGCGUCGUUCGCUUGGCACACGACAAAUAUACAAAGUACAAUAAGUCCACUGCAGCGAAGAAAGCAGUCCCACCGGGAAUGGUCGAAUACCAAAGAUCGUUUGAAGAAGCUAAGAAGAACAACACAGAGUUAGAGAAACACGUAAAGAAGGUUUAUGAGGAUCUACACCCAUUGAGAGUGCUGAACUUGUUCAAGUUGAUCACGCCGAGCGAUUGCGAACUUCUUGGGAUCAACCCGGCUGAAGGUCGCCCUGAAAUGUUUUUAUGGCAGUUUGUCCCAGCCCCCCCAAUCUGCAUUCGACCCUCUGUUGCGCAAGAUGGAGCGAGUAAUGAGGAUGAUCUCACCGCCAAACUUGCCGAAAUUGUUAACAUAAGCUCUCUGAUGAGAGCGGCAUUACAGAAAGGGCAAGCGGUACAGACAAUCAUGGAGCAAUGGGAUUUUCUUCAACUACAAAUCGCCAUGUAUGUUAACAGCGAUGUUCCAGGCCUUCAGCAACCUGGAUUCGGAAAGGCCAUUCGAGGAUUUUGUCAACGGUUAAAAGGAAAGCAAGGUCGUUUCCGAGGCAAUUUGUCUGGAAAGCGUGUUGAUUUCUCGGGACGAACUGUCAUUUCUCCGGAUCCGAAUCUUGGGAUUGACGAAGUUGCCGUUCCUAUGUUGGUGGCAAAGAAUCUCACAUAUCCCGAACGAGUCCAACGUCAGAAUAUCGAAAAGUUGCGCAAGUGCGUCAUAAAUGGUCCAAACGUCCAUCCUGGUGCACAACAAAUCAUCAAGAAAGAUUCCAACCAUAAGAUAUCUUUGAAAUUUGCUAAACGGGAUAAUGAGGCAAAAUUUCUCAAGAUAGGAGACGUUGUUGAAAGACAUCUUGAGGAUGGCGAUAUUGUUCUUUUCAACCGUCAGCCAUCUCUGCAUAAGCUUAGUAUCAUGAGUCAUUUUGCAAAAAUUCGACCAUGGAGAACAUUCCGUCUGAAUGAAUGCGUCUGCAAUCCGUAUAACGCAGAUUUCGACGGUGAUGAAAUGAAUCUUCACGUACCGCAAACAGAGGAGGCUCGAACCGAGGCGAUCAAUCUGAUGGGAGUGAAAAACAAUCUUUCGACUCCUAAGAACGGAGAACCUAUUAUUUGUGCUACCCAGGACUUCAUCACUGCAGCCUAUUUACUUUCCAGUAAAGAAAACUUUUUCGAUCGUAAGACAUUCACGAAUAUCUGCAUGUACAUGGUCAACUCAGAUCUUCAUCUGGACCUUCCUCCACCGACUAUUCUAAAACCUCAAGCGCUUUGGACUGGCAAGCAAGUUUUUAGCAUCCUCAUGCGCCCAAAUAAUCAAGAUAAUAUACUUGUCAAUGUUGACGCAAAAUGUCGAGAUUUUGUACCAAAUAUGGUGCCACAGGGGUAUGCGAAUGACAUGGAGGAGAAUGACGGAUGGCUGGUAGUUCGGAAUUCGGAAGUAAUGUGUGGCCUUAUGGACAAGAGCACAGUUGGAUCUGGGAAGAAGGACUCUAUAUUUUACGUCAUAUUGCGUGAUUAUGGCCCCGAUGCAGCUGUUGUGGCCAUGAACCGCUUGUCUAAGCUUUCCGCUCGGUACUUGACUAACAUGGGGUUCUCUAUUGGAAUUAGUGAUGUUUAUCCUUCCGACGAACUCAACAAGAAUAAGGCUAGUCUGAUCGCCGCUGCCUACGCAGAGUGUGAGGAACUGAUUGAAAGUUUCAAGAACAACACAUUGGAGAAAUCAACGGGUUUAAGCAUGGAGGAGACCCUUGAAGCUAAACUUUCCGGCAAGCUAAGUCAAGUUCGUGGCGCAGCUGGAAAAGAGUGUCUCAGAACCUUAUACGCUUCGAGUUCACCACUAGUAAUGGCUAAUUCAGGGUCAAAAGGUUCGGCAAUUAACGUUGCGCAGAUGGUGGCCCUGGUAGGGCAACAAAUUAUUGGAGGUUCUCGUGUCCAAGAAGGUUUUCAAGAUAGAACUCUUCCUCAUUUCCCGAAGCAUUCCAAACAGCCUCCUGCCAAAGGUUUCGUCGCAAACAGCUUCUUCACUGGAUUGACUCCAUACGAAUUCAUCUUUCACGCUAUGUCUGGACGUGAAGGUUUGGUUGAUACCGCGGUCAAAACAGCAGAAACUGGUUAUAUGUCACGACGACUCAUGAAAUCUCUGGAGGAUUUGUCAACCCAGUACGAUGAUACUGUUAGAACUUCUGGUGGUGGAAUUGUUCAAUUCCAGUUUGGUGCUGACGGACUGGAUCCUCUUGACAUGGAGGGAAAUGCAGUUCCUGUCAAUUUCAAGCGAACCUGGACCCAAGCAGCGACUCUUACAUGGGACAACCAAGAGAAAUCGCUCCUACCAUUCGAGGUUACUAGUCAAUGCACGGAACACUUGGCAAAAUUCAAAGCCAAAUUUUCUAGAUUUGGACUUCGUCACGGAGAGCCAUUAAGCUACGACGAUGCGAGCGACUACGGUGUGGAUGAGCACGAUGGUGGCCGGGAAUUCCUUGCAGCCGUCAGCAAAUUUGUAGGUGAAAAAGCAUCACACAUGGCUAGAGCACGUGCGAGGGCUAUGCUUCACGAUUUCGUAAACGAUCCCACAGUUACGGGGAUCAUUUACGACGAGAAAAACGAGUUUCCAAGCUCAAGAGCAUAUGUUAACCAGGUAGCCAAGGUUUCCAAGACCACUUUGAAAAAGUUCUGUGAACUUUGCCUGGAGAAGUACUCGAGAGCCAAAGUCGAACCAGGUCAUGCCGUCGGAGCUGUUGGAGCGCAAUCGAUCGGAGAACCAGGAACACAAAUGACCUUGAAAACCUUCCAUUUUGCUGGUGUCGCUGGUAUGAACUUGACUGCAGGUGUACCCCGGAUUAAGGAAAUCAUCAACGCUUCAAAGACGAUUGCUACGCCGUUCGUCAAAUGCCCUCUGCUAAACGAUAAGGAUCUGAAUGUGGCCCGUCUCGUCAAAGCUCGUAUGGAGAAGACCUACUUGCAUGAAGUUCUUCACUUUGCUGAGGACAUGUGGUCAGCAAGAUCUGCAAUAAUCUGUCUGGCUGUAGACACAGAAUAUUUAUUAAAUAGGCAAAUUGAUGUCACUGUUGAAAAUAUCGCCACUACAAUUUUAAAGAACAAAAAGCUGAAGGUCAAGAGUGAGGAUCUCAGCGUCAAAGGGGAUUGCAUUUUCAUUAGAGUUACUCACGAUGGUAGCGCUCCUACCACAGCUCGUGGAGCCGCAGCUAAGGGCAAACCUACUCUUGAUGAAGGCGGCUCUGACCUUUUACUCCGCGUACACCACCUCAAGCGUGCUGUGCCAGACUUGGCCAUAUCCGGAUAUCCGGAAGCCACAAGAGCUAUUAUCAAUACAUCUGAACACGAGAAGCCAGAGUACACAGUUGUUGUUGAAGGAUAUGGUCUUCGUGCCUGUAUCGGAACCGAAGGUGUCGACGGCACUAAAGUCAAAUCUAACAGCGUCUUGGAAAUGCGUGACGUCCUCGGUAUCGAAGCUGCUCGUUACACAAUCGCCAACGAAAUCGCAACCGUCAUGGCGGAUAUGGACAUCGAUCCUCGUCACAUGCAACUUCUUGCCGAUGUCAUGACGUACAAGGGGGAAGUUUUAGGUAUCACUCGUUUCGGUCUUUCGAAAAUGAGAGAUAGUGUGUUGCAGCUUGCUUCCUUCGAGAAAACACCAGAUCAUUUAUUCGAUGCGGCUGCGGGCAUGAAGACGGAUAGAAUUGAGGGUGUCAGUGAGUGCAUCAUCAUGGGACAGACGAUGGGCGUAGGCACGGGUGCGUUCAAGGUCAUUAGACAAUUGGAUCUUACUCCUGAUGAUCUCAAAGUGAAGCCAACGCUAUUUGAAGAUGCGUGGAAAGUAGACCAAAGAGAGAGAGUGAAGUUGAAGAGAUCAACUCAUGGUUGA